UAAUUAAGUCUUACUAAAGCAACGUCUAAUUUUUAACAACCAUAAUUUUAUUGCUGGAUUUUAUCACCUAACUGCCAAUGGAAAUAAAAGAAAGGCAGUAAAAAGAUUUCCUCAAGAGGUGAAAUAAAAUAGAGAAGUAUACAGACAGAAGAAACCAUUAGUAAACAGGCAAAAUGUCUGUGGAGGACCCAUUUUUUGUUGUUAAAAGUGAAGUGGAGAAGUCCGUUGAAAACUGUCGCGUAAUGCAAGAAAGAUGGAGAUCUUUAUUGACGGAUGGAAGUUUACUCAAACGUGACCAAUAUGAAAGAAUGACGAACGAUUUACGGAACAAUGUUCGAUCAAUCGAGUGGGAUUUGGAAGACUUGGACGAAACAAUAGGAAUCGUUGAAGCAAAUCCACGAAAGUUUAAAAUCACUCAUGCGGAACUAAAAGAACGUAAAUCUUUUAUCACAACGACACGGAAGAUUAUCCAUGGAAUGAGAGAUGAGUUGACUAGUCCUGCAGUUAAAGCCAAAUUGGAAGACUUGUCUAGAAAAAGUCUCCUGAGGAACGGAAUCCACAGAAAUGCUGGAUAUGGAAGCCACAACGGUGGAGGUUACGUCAACCAAUCCGCAGUGGAUAUUGAAGGAGACGAAAAUGAUCGAUUUAUUCAAGACACUCAACAGCAACAGAGGUUGCUUAUUGAGCAGCAGGACGACCAAUUAGACCUUGUUGCAGACAGCGUUGGAGUUUUAAAGAAUAUGUCAAAAUCUAUCGGAAAUGAACUCGAUGAACAAGCUGUUAUGCUUGAAGGUCUCGGACAUGAGAUGGAAAACACGCAAUCUCGAAUGGACACGGUCCUGCGGAAAAUGGCCAAAGUGACGCACAUGUCUAAUGAUCGACGACAAUGGUGUGCAAUCGGUGUUCUUGGAGGAUCAAUGUUCAUUGUUUUCUUGCUUUUCUUUCUGAUUUGACGAAUUUGCUACAGCGAAAAAAAACUGACAAAAAAAUGAACAGCGCCCUCCUCCCCAGAGACUUAAAAUUUGCCACGAAGCUUAAAACUGUGCGAACUGAACAGAAAGUCUCUUUGCUAUUUCUUGCCAAAUACGUAAAUCGGGGUCACAUAGACUCAAACGCCGCCCUAUAUAACUCUUGGCACUUCAAAUGAAUUUUGCCGCUUGUUACUAUUGGCGACCAUAUAUUUUUGUCGCCGAAAUUUUCAGUUUUUUUAUGUGAGACAUAUUCAUUCCAAAUUCAAUUUUUUAUAUUAUUAUUUAAAAUAGUUAAAUGAAAUUUUACAUUUUUGUGUGGCCAUUCAGAUCAAGACUGGAAAUAGUUCUAGUUAUCUUGUCAAGGAAACUAGACCAUUCAAUUAUGCCUUUUUCCCUGAACAAGGGUAUAUAGCAGGCCUCUCCAAACUGGGGGGUCGCGACCCCGCUGGUGAGGGAGGGGGCAACAAACUCUAGGGAUUGCAAAGAGUACACCAAUUUCACACGUUUUUUGGGGGUUUUUAGUAAUUUUUUCUUUCAUUUCCAGUUUUUCCGUUUGCUCACCCCUUGAGUAGGCAAUGCAGGGCCUCAAAGUUUUCAAUUUUUUCUAGAAUAAUAGUUCCUUGCGUAUCGUUACUUAUCAGUAGCCUGGUUUA